AUGCCGCUCCCCAAUGCUAUUUUGCCGUCCGCUCUGUCAGCUGUGGGCGAUACGCCGCUGAUUCGACUCAAUCGCAUCCCCCAAAGCCUCGACAUCAAGUGCAACGUCUGUGAGUGUCAGAGACGGCGUCACUAUCGAUCGCCGUGUCAGUCUCUUGACAUCCCUUGCCUACUCCCCCCUCCCCCUCCCCCUCCGCUCGAUGCAGUGGUCAAGUGCGAGUUCUUCAAUGCUGGCGGAUCCGUCAAGGAUCGCAUUGCGGGCAACAUGCUGAUGCACGCGGAAGCAGAGGGCCUCCUCAUUCCCGGCAAGUCGGUCAUCGUCGAGCCUACGUCUGGCAACACGGGCGUAGGACUAGCCUUGGCUGCAGCCAUCAAAGGUUACCGAUGCAUCAUUGUAUUGCCCGAAAAGAUGUCUGCUGAGAAAGUCACUACCCUCAAGGCUUUGGGAGCGGAGGUGGUGCGCACUCCCACUGAAGCUGCUCACGACGAUCCGCGCUCCAACAUCAUGGUGGCCAAGAGGCUCUCCAAAGAAAUUCCAGACGCGGUGAUCCUGGAUCAGUACAACAAUCCCAACAAUCCGCUGGCUCACAGACACACUGCCCAAGAGAUCAUUGACGCUAUCGCCAACGGCAUCGCGCCACCCAAGAAACCAGUGGCUGUGGCGACCAAGGUGGCUUCCGACGACAAAGCCAAGGCUGGUUUGCCCACGCCUGACUCCACUCCUCCGCCCUCCCUCAGCGGCCUGGAGAUUGGUGUGGGUACAAGUGAGCCUGCGCCCGCAUCUGUGCCCACUGUGGUCGGCGCGCAAGAGCAGGCGGACCAGUCCAAAGUUGUCGACGUGCUCGUCGCCGGUGUGGGAACGGGCGGCACGAUCAGCGGUAUGGCUACGCGCCUGCGCGAAUCGGAUCACAACCCAGACCUGCACGUCGUGGGUGUGGACCCGUUCGGAUCGACGUUGGCCGAACCUGCCACGCUCAACACGCUUCCAGACGGAGAGACGGGCGCGUACAAGAUCGAAGGGAUCGGAUACGAUUUUGUGCCCAACUCGCUGGACAAGUCUCAGAUCCAAACGUGGAUCAAGACGAAGGACGAAGAGUCGUUUGAAUUUGCCAGGAGACUGAUCAGGCAGGAGGGCUUGCUUUGCGGAGGUAGUUCGGGAGCUGCGAUGGCCGCAGCGAUGCGCUUCUUGCAGCAGGGAGGAGAUGGAUACGAAAAGUAUGGAAGGGUGCAGGGCAAAAAUGUCGUCGUUGUCCUGCCCGACUCGAUCCGCAACUAUAUCACCAAACCUUGGUUGUUGGCACCCUGA